AUGUCUUCUGCAUUAUUUGAUUUAGUUCUACUUUGGUCACCUCAUGAAUCAGAAACUGAUUAUCCUGAAUUACAAAAUUUAUUAAAAACUGAAUUUUCUAAUCAAUUUAACAUUCAUCUAUUUACACAAACACAAGACGCUAUCAAACAUGUUGAAUCAAAAAGCAAUUCUUCGCUACCAGUCAUUGUUAUUACUAAAUUAGGUAUGACCGACGAAAGUUUAGGUGAACCAUUAAUUGAAAUAAUUCGUCAUCGUAAUAAAAGUACAUUUAUUAUUCUUCAUUCACACAAAGUUUGUGCUGAUCCUAAUCUUCGAUGGUAUUUUGCUGAACUUGGUGUAAAUAUGAUAACUGAAUAUGUAACACAAAUUCGUGAUGUUUUUCAGCGAUUACUUCCAUUAGGUCAAUCACAUCCUAAACCGACAUACACAUGUCCAUAUUGUAAAUGGACAUCACUUUCAUUUUCUCAACUUUAUACUCAUGUUCCUCUUUAUCAUACAAAUGAAGGCGCAAUGUCAAUAAAAUGUGAACUAUGUCAACAAUCAACACGUAAUUAUGCUGUACAUUUACAUGAAGAACAUGAUCAAGAACAUCGACAAGGACCUAAAGCUACACCUUUAUAUGCGUUUGCAUUAGUUGUAUGUCAACGUAAACGUGAUAAUCGUUUUCUUGUUGUACAAGAAUCAGGUUCAAUGGGUUUCUGGUUACCUGGAGGUCGUGUUGAAGUUGGAGAACAACUUGAUAAAGCAGCGGAACGUGAAACAUUAGAAGAAGCUGGUGUUAGAAUACGAAUAACUGGUGUAUUAAAAAUUGAAUUUACACCGAGAUCUGAUAUAAAUCGUCUUCGUAUAAUCUAUUUUGCUGAACCAUUGGAUGAAGAUAAUUGUGAACCAAAAACGGUACCUGAUUAUGAAAGUUAUGGAGCUAUGUGGUUAACUUAUGAACAAACAGUUCAAUGCAGUACAAAAGGUCAAUUACGUGGAAAUGAACCAUUAAAAUGGUUUAAAUAUGUAACACAAAAUGGAGCUAUACAUCCAUUGAGUAUUCUCUCAAAAACUGAAUUGUAA